UGUAUCGUAUUGUACACAACAUGUAUUUGAGAGAUCCGGCUGAAAGCAUGCUAAGCGAGGAAGUCAAAUAUUUGCUAGUGAUUGAUGGCGAGGAUGAUAAAUCAGUGAAUGUUUUCAUCGCGAAAGAUGGCACUCUCGAUUGGCAAAACGUGGAAAAUUUCUUCGGUUCGGAUAUAGUGCAACACGAUCAACCGCUGCCUUACGAAUACUGCAAAUCCAUUACGAACAAAUUCCACACGCUGCUAGCGAGCAGCUCGAAGGUAACGUACUCGAAGCAGCUGCUCCAAUGGACAAAUCGCUUCGAAUUGAUUCAAUCGUUGACAGGUGCGGAUUCGACGAUAGGAAACCUUGGCACUGCACUGAUUCUCACCUCAAUCGUGGAAUACUCGCUAGGAAAUGUUUACCAGACGGAAACCGGCACAGUCCCACCUCAUCUGCUUCGAGAUCUGCUACGGACCGAUGCUUUAGUUAGAGUGCUAGGAGAAAUUCCCGUGUACUUAUUGAGACUCCUUUUGGGCACCCCAAAUGGAAUAAAUUUGCGAAACUUGGUGUGGCACGGUUUUCCCUCCGAAGAGGAAGUAAGUGGGCUGUAUAACCAUUUCCUGUUGCUGCUGUUGACUGCAGUCGGCGAUAUCCUAGAAACCCGAAGCUAUAGGGUUGAAUUUCGGACAUGCUCUCAGGAAAUCGCCAAACUUGUUCGUGAGAUGAAUCUAGAGUAUUUCGAAACUGAACGUCUAACAAGGUACCUAACGAGGUCCAGCGAUAUGAUAUCCAACGCUCAACGAAUCAAAUGGCAACGAACGCUUGGGCUGUAUGAAAAUGGAUACUUUUAUCACUGCGUUAGCAUGGCCCUACCACAAUUGGAAAUGUAUCUUAGGAGACUAUACGGCAGAUUGUACCAAAUAGAUCCCAAAGCAAGAAUUGAUGAAUAUUAUAUAAUAAUGGAUACGAUCUUCGCAGAGACGGACUCCAGCGGAGUUCGCAAUAAAAUACAUGGACAUUUCUCGCCAGCUUUGUUGGAACUUAUGUAUGAUAUUUUGUCGGCCCUUGCUGGUCCCCGAAUACGUGACAAAUUGAGUCACGGAGAACUGCCAAUGACUUGCAUAGACGACACGGUUGCCAACAGAGUGCUCCUGGUAUGUUACUUGUUCAUGGGUGACAAUGGAUCAGAUUUUGUGUACAGCAGUAUUUUUCACCCGAAUGCGAUUCUUAGAAAAAGUCUCGUGGAAUGUGAACUUGCGAUGGAGCGAUGUGAAGUAAUUCUGUUGCCAUCUGAAUUGGCUUCGUCGAACGAGGUGGACGACGAAAGUGCGCUUCUUUUCAUACCCCGAGCAGGUAUCAAUGGAAAGGUUCCAAUAUUUUACCGUCACCCGAAGGAGGAUGAAAUCGUGGGACUUCUGCAGCGGAUAAGUACUGUUCUGAAGCUUGCGUCAGAAUCGUUAUACGAGUCACUAAGUAGUCGAUUGAAGGCCCUGGAAGGAAGAGAGUUGCGGUCUAGAGGAAGAAACACAUUGGUGAAUAUGCUGCGGAUGUUUCCCACCAUUCGGCGAGGUUUGCAGUUUUCAUUGCUGCUGGUGAAAUGGAUAUUUCAUUGUCUUAUGGAAUGCAACGGAGAGCUACAGAACGUGAAGCGAAUCAUAAGAUUUCUGAAGUAUAUACUAAAAUACGCGGAAAAUGCUGCUAACAAUCUAAGCACGAGGAGCAACGCCUGGUUACCUCUUUAUGAAACAACGAAACGCGACUUGUACGGCAAAACUAGAGAAAAUCUUACGCUAAUUUUAUGCUGAAAUAUGGUUUGUGAGUGUAUGUGUGUGUGCCUGCAUGCGAAUUUACUGCCAAUGGAACCUGGAUUAGUUUCUCUCAAUAAUGAAUUGGUCUCGAAUAUUGAAAAAAAAAGUUACACCACACUUGUCACAAGCUUUCUCAUUGUGAGCAUUUAUCCGAAAUGAAAUGAGCCAACCUACAUACGAUAUCAAGAAGCUGUAUGAAGUCCAUCUGCACCCACUGUUCUAUCCUAGUUUAAAUACUUAAACCUAACUUGUUGAGGCUUUGAACGAAAUAUUUGUACAAAUCAAUCUACACUUAUUCGUUAGUUAUAUUUAUAUGAUCAAUGAACGUUUUCGAAGAUGAAACUUACAUGCGAAUCCACACCGAUGCACUUCUAUCUGGCUUCGGAACAACGCUCGCUCUCUAGUCGGUUUUCAAUCGCUUGGGCGCGCUAUCUGAACCUUGUGAGUUGGAAUCCUCUGAGAAUGGCAUAUUGGAUACGAACUCUGUCGCACCCUGGGAA